AUGGCUGACCCGGUUGGGCUAGCUGCAAGCGUUUGCACGCUGGGAGCUCUCUUAUUGAAGCUCUUCGAGAUCGCCGGCAAUAUCAAGGAGUCGCACAAAGACCUCCUGCGAUAUUGUAUGGUGUUGAAGGGUAUCAAGAUGGCAACUUCCCUGAUGGCUGACUUUGCAGAACAAUUUCCAUCAGUCAAGGAAACAAAAGUGAUUGUUGAUGACAAAGAAGAAAACAUCAUUCACUUCUGCUCCGUCAGUGUCCAAUCGUUGAUAACGGAUGUUGAGCAGCUUACAAAGCGGAUGCUGUUCAUCCUCGACUGA